GAAUGAUUCUUCUCCACGGACCACCAGGCACGGGCAAGACGACGCUGUGCCGCGCCCUAGCGCAGAAACUCACGAUCCGGCUCUCAAAGUCCUACCUCGACGGCCGACUAUUUGAAAUCUCUGCGCACAGUCUUUUCUCUAAAUGGUUCAGCGAGAGCGGGAAGUUAGUUGGGAAGCUGUUUGAGCGGAUCAGGGCGGUGAUUGACGAUCCCGGGGUGUUUGUGUGCUUGCUGAUUGAUGAGAUAGAGUCGCUUACGACGGCGAGGAAGAGUUCGGCUGUGGGCAACGAGCCUAGUGAUGCGAUGCGGGUGGUUAAUGCGGUACUGACGGAGCUCGAUAAGCUCCGGUCAGCAAAGAACGUGUUGAUUCUCGCGACGUCUAAUUUGAUUGAUGCGAUGGACCCAGCGUUUCUAGACAGGGUCGAUGUAAAGCAAUACAUAGGCUUCCCGACCACCGCGGCGACGUACGAGAUUCUUCGGUCGUGCAUUCUCGAGCUAUCGCGUCACAAUAUGAUUUCGCUGUCGUAUCCCCCGCCGGGAGAAGUAGUGGUCGACGGGCGACGGGCGGGAGGGAAGACAGCUCAGGCAGAGUGGAAGCGGUCGCAAGAGACGGACUCGAGCUCUGUGAUUGAAGAGGAGUUUGAGACGUUGGUGGACCUUCACCACGCCGCGUCGUCCGACACCGAAGACCAGGACGGACGAUACCAGGAGCGAGCGGGCGGGCGAAGAAGGAUUGCGAGUACGACUACGAGUACUACAAAAAGCGGCAGGUUUGUGAGUUACGAGGAGACGAUGUUUGCGCGGACGGUGCCGGUGCAGCAGCGGAUUGAGCAGUUGAUUCCGUCGUAUGCGCAGGCGUCGCUUAGCGUGUAUUCCAAGCCGCAGGCGUAUUCGUCGCGGCUGUGUGGGAUUGCAAAGGAGUGUGAGGUGGGUAUGAUAUUCAGAGUAGAAGAAGGGUAGAAGAAGGACUAAUGAUGAUGGUGGCAGGGCCUGAGCGGACGGAAACUGCGAAAGUUGAUUGUUCUGGCACACGCGCGAUACGUCCAAAGCGAGAGCAGCGAACUGUCGCGGCUGCUGGACUCGAUCGGGCGGGUUGCGCGGGAGGAGUUGACGGCGGAGAGCGGAUGAGCAGAGAUUUAAGCUGGACGAUGACGAAGAGACUGGAAGAGAUGCGGGGAAGAGGAGAUAAUUAUUGCUUAUUAUGUUUACUAAAAGAGCGCCGUGCUCAGAUAGUCGAUAGUUGGGGUUCUGGUUGCUUGGGAUUCUUGUUUAGUUGUGAUUGAACAGAACAGAAGAGAACAAUACAUAUAGCUGGUUAUUAGAUGAAUAUAACAAAGACAAUUGAUAUUCUUC